GUGAAGAUUCUCUGCAGUGGUGUAGUGGUCUUCUUCUAGGGUUUUAUAAGGGGUUUCUAACUUCUACCCUUCUCUCCCUCCACCACUGCCCUUCCCGCUCCUCCUCUCCUUCAUAAACAGAGAGAAGAGAGCGAGCUAGAGAUAUAGAUAACGCCAUGGAUAUGUACACGAGAGUCGAGAAGCCGAAGCCGGAGUCGCCGAUUAACGAGAACGAGAUCCGAAUCACCUCCGCUGGUCCCGUCAGAAACUAUAUCAGCUACGCUACUUCCCUUCUCCAGGACAAACAUGCCAAAGAGAUUGUCUUGAAAGCGAUGGGACAGGCAAUCAGCAAGACCGUGUCCAUUGCCGAGAGCAUAAAGAGAAGAAAUCCCCGUUUGCAUCAGGAUACUGGCAUUAGCUCAGUUAGCAUUACUGAUGUUUGGGAACCUAUUGAGGAAGGACUUCUGCCUGUGGAGCAGACUCGCCAAGUUUCUAUGAUCACAAUUACCUUAUCAUUCAGAGAGCUAGAUAAGAACUCUCCUGGUUAUCAAGCACCACAAGCUGUGGAACAGUCAAAACAGCAAUAUCAGCAGCAGUCACAGCUUAGACAAGCUCGGAAUCCAUAUUACGAAGAUUCAUAUGGUCGAGGACGUGGGCGUGGCAGAGGGAGAGGGAGAGCAAGAGGGCGAAACUGGGGCAGGGGUGGAUAUGGGUAUGGAAACUAUCAGGGAAACUACGAAGGGAAUUAUCAGGGAGGGUAUCAGGGGAAUUAUCAGGGAAAUUAUGAAGAAAAUGGUGGUUAUUCGAACUGGGGACGGGGUGGUGGCAGAGGCAGAAAUUGGGGAUAUCGAGGUGCUGGUUACGGAGGGGGCAGAGGUGGUGGAUACGAAGGAGGAAGAGGUGGUGGUGGAUAUGAAGGUGGCAGGGGUGGCGGAUAUGAAGGUGGGAGAGGUGGCGGAUAUGAAGUUGGCAGGGAUGGUGGAUAUGAAGGUGCGAGAGGCGGUGGAUAUGGUGGCAGGGGUGGCGGAUAUGAAGGAGGCAGGGGUGGAGGAGGGAGGAGAGGCAGUGGAUAUGAAGGUGGCAGGGGUGGCGGAUAUGAAGGUGGGAGAACUGGUGGAUAUGAAGGAGGCAGGGGUGGCGGUUAUGAAGGUGGGAGAAAUGGUGGAUAUGAAGGAGGCAGGGGUGGAGGGAGAGGAGGGGGCAGGGGCUAUGGGCGUGGGCGUGGAAGGAUGGGCGGUCGUGCAAGGGGUGGCAACGACCAGGCAUGACAAGGAAGAUGAUGAACCGUGCUCUUCAGUUUGAUUUUGCAAAAUGCUUUGCCUUGGCCGGUGGGCUACAUUAUUAUCCAAGUACUGUUUUAGUAGCAUGCAAUUGGGUCUUGCAUGUUGUCUUCUGCAUUUGGUUUUAGCUCUUGUAUGCGUCGAGUGCUUAUGAAUACGGACAGGCAAGGUUGAUUUUCUGUUGGUUGGUCCCUCUUUUUCUUCAUUUAGCCAAAGAGCAAAGAGGAGGUGGUUUCAAGUGAGAUGUAAGUAGAGUAAAAAACAAUCACACUUCAGUCUGAAAUCCUUACCCUGUUCAUAUAUCUGUUAGUGCCAUCAUUAUUAUUUGUUCGAUAGUUCCUUAAUGGCUUGCUGGUGUGAUUGGCUCGCUACUUUCUUUACUAGCAUAGGCAUAGCCUGCGCCGGGUGGCAAUUGCAAGCUAUAAUUUGGUCACUUUGUUAUUUGGGCUGGGAAACAGUUAAACUUAGACGGGAUCAUGUAUAUGGUGUAGCUUCUAUGGUACAGACUUGAGGGCAUGAUGUACAGAUUAUGGACCAGACAAACUAUACGGUUUAGAUCAGGUCACGUCUAUGUGGUUCGGUACCUACAAGUUAGUUCAUGUUGAGCGAAAAAGAGAAGUUUUGUCUGGUCCACACCAAUAAAUUGAUAAUUUUUUU